AUGGUGAAGAGGAAGAGCUCCGAGGGCCAAGAGCAAGACAGCGGCCGCGGCAUCCCCUUGCCCAUCCAGACCUUCCUGUGGCGGCAAACCAGUGCAUUUUUGAGGCCUAAACUGGGGAAGCAAUAUGAAGCCUCUUGUGUGUCCUUUGAACGAGUGUUGGUAGAAAACAAGCUGCAUGGCCUCUCUCCAGCCCUCUCUGAAGCCAUCCAGAGCAUUUCCAGAUGGGAACUGGUACAAGCUGCUUUGCCUCAUGUCCUGCACUGCACUGCAACCCUGCUGUCAAACAGAAACAAGCUAGGCCACCAGGAUAAACUGGGUGUCGCUGAGACAAAGCUCCUUCAUACCCUGCACUGGAUGCUCCUGGAGGCCCCCCAGGACUGCAACAGCGAGCGUUUUGGGGGCACAGACCGAGGCUCCAGCUGGGGUGGCAGCAGCAGUGCUUUCAUCCACCAGGUUGAAAACCAGGGCUCUCCAGGGCAGCCUUGCCAAAACAACUCCAAUGAUGAAGAAGAAAACAACCGAUGGAAGAUCUUCCAGAACUCCAUGGCUACUGUGGAGCUCUUUGUGUUUCUGUUUGCUCCUCUGGUACACAGAAUCAAGGAAUCUGACCUCACGUUCCGACUGGCGAGUGGGCUUGUUAUAUGGCAGCCCAUGUGGGAGCACAGACAGCCCGAAGUCUCUGGCUUCACAGCACUGGUGAAGCCCAUCAGGAACAUCAUUACAGCUAAGAGAAGCUCUCCCAUCAACAGUCAAAGUCAGACCUGUGAAUCACCAAAUCAAGACACAAGACACCGAGAGGGACUCCAGGUGGUCUCUGAAACGUUCCAGUCAGAUUCCAUCUCACCCAAGGCCACCAUUUCAGGCUGCCACCGAGGAAACUCCCUUGAUGGAAGUCUGUCCUCCCAGACUUCCCAGGAAAGAGGACCAUCGCAUUCCAGGGUCUCUCUCGUGAUUCCUCCAUGCCAAAGGUCCCGCUAUGCCACCUACUUUGACGUUGCUGUUCUUCGCUGCCUACUCCAGCCCCAUUGGUCUGAGGAGGGCACUCAGUGGUCUCUGAUGUACUAUCUACAAAGGCUGAGACACAUGUUGGAAGAGAAGCCACAAAAGCCCACAGAGCCGGAUAUUCCUCUCCUGCCCAGACCCAGAAGUAGCUCCAUGGUGGCGGCAGCUCCCUCACUAGUGAACACACACAAAACCCAAGAUCUCACCAUGAAGUGUAAUGAAGAGGAAAAAUCUCUCAGCUCUGAGGCUUUUUCCAGAGUUUCAUUGACCAACCUACGUAGGUCUGCAGUCCCGGAUCUUUCUUCAGACCUUGGCAUGAACAUUUUUAAGAAGUUCAAGAGCCGCAAAGAAGACAGAGAGAGAAAAGGUUCCAUCCCAUUCCACCACGCGGGGAAGAGGCGGCCUCGGAGAAUGGGAGUGCCAUUCCUGCUGCACGAGGACCACCUGGAUGUGUCCCCCACCUGCAGCGCAUUCUCCUUCGGAAGUUUCUCCGGGCUUGGAGAAGACAGGCGAGGCAUGGAAAAAGGAGGCUGGCAAACCACCAUUUUAGGGAAAUUUACCCGGCGGGGCAGCUCGGACGCGGCCACUGAGAUGGAGAGCCUGAGCGGCAGGCACUCCCACUCUCAUCACACGCUGGUGAGCGACCUGCCGGACCACUCCAACAGCCAUGGGGAAAACACCGUCAAGGAAGUGCGAUCCCAGAUCUCCACUAUCACAGUUGCAACCUUCAAUACCACAUUGGCGUCAUUUAACGUAGGCUAUGCAGACUUUUUCAGUGAGCAUAUGAGGAAGCUCUGCAACCAGGUGCCUAUACCUGAGAUGCCACAUGAACCCCUGGCAUGUGCAAACCUGCCUCGAAGCCUCACAGACUCCUGCAUAAACUACAGCUACUUGGAAGACACAGAACAUAUUGAUGGGACCAAUAACUUUGUCCACAAGAAUGGCAUGCUUGAUCUUUCUGUGGUUCUGAAGGCUGUUUAUCUUGUCCUUAACCAUGACAUCAGUUCUCGCAUCUGCGAUGUGGCACUGAACAUCGUGGAAUGCUUGCUUCAACUUGGUGUGGUGCCCUGUGUAGAAAAGAACAGAAAGAAGAGUGAAAACAAGGAGAAUGUGACUGUGGAAAAAAGACCAAGUGAGGGAACGUUCCAGUUCAAAGGAGUAUCUGGAAGUUCCACCUCUGGAUUUGGGGGCCCUUCAGUUAGUGGAGCUGGAGAUGGAGGAGGAGAAGAAGGAAGAGGUGGUAAUGGAGGAGGUGGAGGAGGUGAUGGAGGUGGAGGUGGAGGAGGCCCCCAUGAGAAGAACGAUAAGAACCAAGAGAAGGAUGAAAGUACGCCUGUCAGCAACCAUAGGCUUGCUCUAACCAUGCUCAUCAAAAUAGUGAAGUCUCUGGGAUGUGCCUAUGGUUGCGGAGAAGGACACCGAGGGCUCUCUGGGGAUCGUCUGAGACACCAGGUAUUCCGGGAGAAUGCCCAGAACUGCCUCACUAAGUUAUACAAGCUAGAUAAGAUGCAGUUCCGACAAACCAUGAGGGACUAUGUGAACAAAGACUCUCUCAAUAACGUAGUGGACUUCUUGCAUGCUCUGCUAGGAUUCUGUAUGGAGCCGGUCACCGACAACAAGGCUGGGUUUGGAAAUAACUUCACCACGGUGGACAACAAAUCCACAGCCCAAAAUGUGGAAGGCAUCAUCGUCAGCGCCAUGUUUAAAUCCCUCAUCACACGCUGCGCUUCAACUACGCAUGAAUUGCACAGCCCUGAGAAUCUGGGGCUGUAUUGUGACAUCCGUCAGCUGGUCCAGUUUAUCAAAGAGGCCCAUGGGAAUGUCUUCAGGAGAGUGGCCCUCAGUGCUUUGCUUGAUAGUGCUGAGAAGUUGGCACCAGGGAAAAAGGUGGAGGAAAAUGAACCAGAAUCUAAGCCUGGAGGUGGUAAAAGGUCAGAGGCAGGAAGCAUUGUGGAUAAAGGCCAGGUGACCUCUGCACCUGAGGAAUGUCGCAGCUUCAUGUCCGGUCGCCCCUCACAGACUCCAGAGCACGAUGAACAAAUGCAAGGGGGCAACAUGGGGCGGAAAGAUUUCUGGCGCAAGAUGUUCAAAUCCCAGAGUGCGGCGAGUGACACCAGCAGCCAGUCUGAGCAGGACACUUCAGAAUGCACCACUGCUCACUCGGGGACCACCUCUGACCGGCGCAUCCGCUCUCGGUCACGUAGAAUUUCCCUCCGAAAGAAGCUUAAACUCCCCAUAGGAAACUGGCUGAAACGAUCCUCCCUCUCAGGCCUGGCAGAUGGUGUGGAGGACCUCCUGGACAUCAGCUCUGUGGACCGCCUCUCUUUCAUCAGGCAAAGCUCCAAGGUCAAAUUCACCAGUGCUGUAAAGCUUUCUGAAGGUGGACCAGGGAGUGGAAUGGAAAACGGGAGAGACGAAGAGGAGAAUUUCUUCAAGCGUCUUGGUUGCCACAGUUUUGAUGACCAUCUGUCUUCCAACCAAGAUGGCGGAAAAAGCAAAAACGUGGUGAAUCUUGGAGCAAUCCGACAAGGCAUGAAGCGCUUUCAGUUUCUGUUAAACUGCUGUGAGCCAGGGACAAUUCCUGAUGCAUCGAUCUUGGCAGCCGCCUUGGAUCUUGAAGCGCCUGUAGUAGCCAGAGCAGCGCUGUUCCUGGAAUGUGCCCGUUUUGUUUACCGCUGCAACCGUGGCAACUGGCCAGAGUGGAUGAAAGGGCAUCAUGUGAAUAUCACCAAGAAAGGCCUUUCCAGGGGACGGUCUCCCAUUGUGGGCAACAAGCGGAACCAGAAGCUGCAGUGGAACGCUGCCAAGCUCUUCUACCAAUGGGGAGAUGCAAUUGGCGUCCGGUUGAAUGAGCUGUGCCAUGGGGAAAGUGAGAGCCCAGCCAACCUGCUGGGUCUCAUUUAUGAUGAGGAGACCAAGAGGAGACUGAGAAAGGAGGAUGAUGAGGAAGACUUUUUAGAUGACAGUACUGUGAACCCCUCUAAAUGUGGCUGCCCCUUUGCCUUGAAGAUGGCAGCAUGCCAGCUUCUCCUGGAGAUUACCACCUUCCUGCGAGAGACCUUUUCUUGCCUGCCCAGACCACGCACUGAGCCUCUGAUGGACUUGGAGAGCUGCCGACUUCGUUUGGAUCCUGAGUUGGACCGGCACAGAUAUGAGAGGAAGAUCAGCUUUGCUGGUGUCCUGGAUGAAAAUGAAGACUCAAAAGAUUCCCUUCACAGUAGUAGCCACACCCUCAAAUCAGAUGCAGGUGUUGAGGAGAAGAAAGUUCCCAGCAGGAAGAUCAGGAUAGGAGGUUCCCGCCUGCUCCAGAUUAAAGGAACCCGCAGUUUCCAGGUGAAGAAGGGGGGUUCCUUGUCCAGCAUUCGCCGGGUCGGCAGCUUAAAGAGCAGCAAGUUAUCACGGCAGGACUCAGAGUCUGAGGCUGAGAAGCUGCAGCUGUCCCAGAGCAGGGACACUGUCACUGACCUAGAAGGGAGUCCUUGGAGUGCAAGUGAGCCCAGCAUUGAGCCAGAGGGAAUGAGUACAGCCAGCACGGAGGAAAAUUACCACAGGAACAUGUCAUGGCUUCAUGUCAUGAUCUUGCUGUGCAAUCAGCAAAGCUUCAUCUGCACCCACGUUGACUACUGCCACCCUCACUGCUACCUGCACCACAGCCGCUCCUGUGCCCGGCUCGUCAGGGCCAUUAAGCUGCUCUACGGAGACUCCGUGGACUCCCUCCGAGAGAGCAGCAGCGUCAGCAACGUGGCUCUCCGGGGCAAGAAGCAGAAAGAGUGCUCAGAUAAAUCAUGCCUGAGGACACCUUCGCUGAAAAAGAGAGUUUCAGAUGCCAACCUAGAGGGGAAAAAGGACUCUGGAAUGCUGAAAUACAUCAGACUACAGGUGAUGAGCCUGUCGCCUGCUCCCUUAUCUCUGCUAAUCAAGGCAGCACCAAUUCUGACGGAGGAGAUGUAUGGAGACAUCCAGCCAGCUGCCUGGGAGCUCCUGCUCAGCAUGGAUGAGCACAUGGCAGGGGCAGCAGCGGCCAUGUUCCUGUUGUGUGCGGUGAAAGUCCCUGAGGCCGUGUCUGAUAUGCUGACAUCAGAGUUCCACCACCCGGAGACCGUGCAGCGGCUGAACGCUGUCCUUAAGUUCCACACGCUUUGGAGGUUUCGCUAUCAGGUCUGGCCCCGGAUGGAGGAGGGAGCACAGCAGAUUUUUAAGAUCCCGCCUCCCAGUAUAAACUUCACCCUGCCCUCCCCAGUGCUUGGAAUGCCAUCUGUCCCGAUGUUUGACCCCCCUUGGGUCCCUCAGUGCAGCGGGAGUGUCCAGGACCCCAUUAAUGAAGACCAGUCUAAAUCCUUUUCAGCCCGGGCUGUGUCCCGCUCCCAUCAAAGGGCAGAACACAUCUUAAAGAACUUGCAACAGGAGGAAGAGAAGAAACGUCUUGGUCGAGAAGCCAGCCUCAUCACCGCCAUCCCCAUCACCCAGGAGGCUUGCUACGAGCCCACCUGCACGCCCAACUCAGAGCCAGAAGAAGAAGUAGAAGAAGUCACCAAUCUGGCAGCCCGUCGACUGUCUGUGAGUCCAUCCUGUACCUCCAGCACUUCCCACAGGAAUUAUUCCUUCCGCCGAGGGUCAGUCUGGUCAGUGCGUUCAGCCGUCAGUGCUGAAGAUGAGGAGCACACCGCCGAACACCUGCCCAGCCCCCACGUGCCUCAGCCUCCGCAGGCUGUGUUCCCGGCAUGCAUCUGUGCAGCAGUGCUCCCCAUUGUCCACCUGAUGGAGGAUGGUGAGGUGCGGGAAGAUGGAGUAGCAGUGAGUGCUGUGGCCCAGCAAGUCUUAUGGAAUUGUCUAAUUGAAGACCCAUCAACAGUUCUUCGACAUUUCCUGGAGAAACUGACCAUCAGCAACAGACAAGAUGAGUUAAUGUACAUGCUGCGCAAACUUCUCCUGAAUAUCGGAGACUUUCCUGCUCAGACCUCUCACAUCCUAUUCAACUACUUGGUAGGAUUAAUCAUGUACUUUGUGCGGACCCCCUGCGAGUGGGGGAUGGAUGCCAUUUCAGCCACUCUGACUUUCCUGUGGGAGGUGGUCGGUUACGUAGAAGGCCUGUUCUUCAAGGAUCUGAAGCAGACCAUGAAGAAGGAGCAAUGUGAGGUCAAGCUCCUGGUGACCGCUUCAAUGCCAGGUACCAAGACCUUGGUAGUUCAUGGACAGAAUGAGUGUGAUAUCCCAACCCAGUUACCAGUCCAUGAAGAUACUCAGUUUGAAGCCCUGUUAAAGGAGUGUCUGGAGUUUUUUAAUAUCCCAGAAUCCCAGUCUACACAUUACUUUCUCAUGGAUAAACGAUGGAACCUUAUCCACUACAAUAAGACCUAUGUUCGGGAUAUUUACCCUUUUAGGAGAUCCGUGUCUCCACAGCUGAACCUUGUACAUAUGCAUCCAGAGAAAGGACAGGAGCUCAUUCAGAAACAGGUAUUCACUCGGAAGCUGGAGGAAGUGGGGAGGGUUUUGUUUCUCAUCUCCCUCACCCAGAAGAUCCCCACAGCCCACAAGCAGUCCCACGUCUCCAUGCUCCAGGAAGACCUCCUCCGACUGCCCUCAUUCCCUCGAAGUGCUAUUGAUGCGGAGUUUUCACUCUUCAGUGAUCCUCAAGCUGGGAAGGAGCUGUUUGGCCUCGACACUCUUCAGAAAAGCUUGUGGAUCCAGCUCCUGGAGGAGAUGUUCCUGGGCAUGCCGAGCGAGUUUCCCUGGGGAGAUGAAAUCAUGCUUUUCCUCAACGUUUUUAACGGGGCUCUGAUCCUGCACCCAGAAGACAGUGCCCUGCUCAGGCAGUACGCGGCCACCGUCAUCAACAGCGCUGUGCACUUCAAUCACCUCUUCUCCCUCAGCGGCUACCAGUGGAUUCUGCCCACCAUGCUGCAGGUGUACUCUGACUAUGAAAGCAAUCCCCAGUUGCGUCAAGCCAUUGAAUUCGCCUGCCAUCAGUUCUACAUUCUACACCGGAAGCCCUUUGUGCUCCAGCUGUUUGCAAGUGUGGCCCCUCUCCUGGAGUUUCCUGAUGCUGCCAAUACUGGGUCCAGCAAAGGCGUGUCAGCUCAGUGCCUGUUUGACUUGCUGCAGUCGCUGGAGGGGGAGACCACGGACAUCCUAGACAUCUUAGAGCUGGUCAAAGCUGAGAAGCCUCUUAAGUCAUUAGAUUUCUGCUAUGGAAACGAAGACCUGACUUUCUCUAUAAGUGAAGCCAUUAAGCUCUGUGUUACUGUGGUGGCAUAUGCUCCUGAGUCAUUCAGAAGUCUUCAGAUGCUGAUGGUCCUGGAAGCUUUGGUGCCAUGUUACCUACAAAAGCUAAAGAGGCAAACGUCACAAGUGGAGACAGGACCUGCUGCCCGAGAGGAGAUCGCCGCCAUGGCUGCUCUUGCGACAUCCCUGCAGGCCCUUUUAUACAGCGUAGAGGUCCUCACCAGGCCCAUGACGGCCCCCCAGAUGAGCAGGUGUGACCAGGGUCAUAAAGGGGCCACCACAGCCAACCACACCAUGUCGUCUGGGGUGACUACCAGGUACCAGGAACAAGGCGCCAAACUGCACUUUAUCAGAGAAAACCUGCACUUACUGGAGGAAGGGCAGGGCCUUCCCAGAGAGGAACUAGAUGAACGGCUUGCUCGGGAGGAGUUCAGAAGACCCCGGGAGUCGCUGCUGAACAUCUGCACCGAGUUCUACAAGCACUGCGGGCCCAGGCUGAAGAUCUUGCAAAACCUGGCCGGGGAACCGCGGGUCACUGCCCUGGAGUUGUUGGACGUGAAGUCCCACAUGAGGUUGGCAGAAAUUGCACACUCCCUUCUGAAGUUGGCACCAUACGACACCCAGACAAUGGAGAGCCGUGGGCUUCGACGCUACAUCAUGGAGAUGCUCCCUAUCACCGACUGGACCGCCGAGGCAGUGAGGCCGGCCCUUAUCCUCAUUUUAAAGAGAUUGGAUAGGAUGUUCAACAAAAUUCAUAAGAUGCCUACUUUGAGGCGACAGGUUGAGUGGGAGCCUGCCAGCAAUUUGAUUGAAGGGGUUUGUUUGACACUUCAGAGGCAGCCAAUCAUAUCCUUCCUGCCUCACCUUAGGUCACUGAUCAAUGUCUGUGUCAAUCUGGUGAUGGGAGUGGUAGGACCCUCCAGUGUUGCUGAUGGAUUACCCCUUCUUCAUCUCAGCCCUUAUCUCUCACCACCUCUGCCCUUCAGCACAGCUGUUGUCCGGCUUGUAGCAUUGCAGAUACAGGCUUUAAAAGAAGAUUUUCCUUUAAGUCAUGUGAUCUCCCCAUUCACCAAUCAAGAGCGAAGGGAGGGGAUGCUUUUAAAUCUGCUCAUCCCAUUUGUGCUCACAGUAGGAUCUGGAAGCAAAGAUAGCCCAUGGCUGGAGCAGCCUGAGGUGCAGCUGCUACUGCAGACAGUCAUUAAUGUGCUCCUGCCUCCACGGAUCAUCAGCACGUCCAGAAGCAAGAGCUUCAUGUUGGAGAGCUCCCCCGCUCACUGCUCCACCCCCGGGGAUGCAGGCAAAGACCUGCGCAGGGAAGGGCUGGCAGAGUCCACCAGCCAAGCAGCAUACUUGGCGCUGAAGGUGAUUCUCGUCUGCUUUGAGAGGCAGCUCGGCAGCCAGUGGUACUGGCUGAGCCUCCAGGUGAAGGAGAUGGCCCUGAGGAAGGUCGGCGGCCUGGCCCUGUGGGACUUCCUCGACUUCAUCGUGCGGACCCGCAUCCCCAUCUUCGUGCUCUUGCGCCCUUUCAUCCAGUGCAAGCUUCUGGCCCAACCAGCAGAGAACCACGAAGAGCUUUCUGCCCGACAACAUAUCGCUGACCAGCUGGAACGGCGUUUCAUUCCACGCCCUCUGUGUAAGAGCUCCCUCAUUGCUGAGUUCAACAGUGAACUAAAAAUUCUAAAAGAGGCAGUUCACAGUGGAUCAGCCUACCAAGGGAAGACAUCCAUCAGCACCGUGGGUACCUCCACCUCUGCUUACCGCCUGAGCCUGGCCACCAUGUCACGCUCCAACACAGGCACCGGCACAGUCUGGGAGCAGGACAGUGAGCCGUCCCAGCAGGCUUCACAGGACACCCUGAGUCGAACUGAUGAGGAAGAUGAGGAAAAUGACUCUGUCAGCAUGCCCAGUGUGGUAAGUGAACAAGAAGCUUACCUCCUGAGUGCCAUUGGAAGGAGGCGGUUCUCCAGCCAUGUCUCCAGCAUGUCUGCACCUCAGGCUGAGGUGGGCAUGUUACCCAGCCAAAGUGAACCUAAUGUCCUCGAUGACUCCCAGGGCCUGGCCGCCGAGGGCAGCCUCUCUAGGGUGGCAAGUGUGCAGAGUGAACCUGGCCAGCAGAACCUCCACACUCAGCAGCCGCUGGGGAGGAAGAGGGGCCUGAGGCAGCUAAGACGUCCUCUACUAUCACGUCAGAAGACUCAGACUGAACCCAGAAACCGCCACGGGGCUCGGCUGUCAACCACCCGCAGGAGCAUUCAACCUAAAACGAAGCCAUCUGCGGAUCAGAAACGAUCUGUGACCUUCAUUGAGGCUCAGGCAGAGCCAGCCGGUGCCCCAACAGACAUGCUUCCUGCCACAGGCCAGCCACAGGGCUGCGGCCCAGCCCCAUCCAGGAAACCAGACGGAAUGGACAAACCAGUGCUCACGUCUUCCCCCGCCAUUGUUGUUGCUGACCUUCACAGCCUGUCUCCCAAGCAGGGUGAAAGCCUCCCAGCUGAAGAAGGAGAAAAGGAGGAGGACACAGAAAUACAAGGUGCUACAGCACAUAGCCCCCUCUCUACUCAACUCUCAGACCCUGAUGACUUCACAGGCCUUGAGACAUCCAUCCUCCUACAGCAUGGAGACACUGUCCUUCACAUCAGUGAGGAAAAUGGCAUGGAGAACCCCCUCCUGUCCAGUCAGUUCCCUUUUACUCCCACUGAGCUAGGGGAGACUGAGGUAGACCUAGAUGAGUCUCAUGUUUAA